UGUUUUGUAUAUGACUUGUUUAUUUAUAAUCAUAACAUUGUUACAGCUGACAACUUAUAUAUCACCGGCUUGACUUUUCUAACUAAAUGCCAUGUUUUACGUAAAAAUAAAUGGUAAUCAAUCAUUUCUGUACAAUAAUUAUUUCAAUGGCUGCAAUUAAAAAUGUGUUUUAAUUAAGUGGACGUGUGCUAAUCAAUAUGAAAUGGAAUAAAUACUGCUUACAUCUGUGCUAGGGAGCGUAAAGGCCGCUUAAAACAGACUCGAUGAAAUCAGUACCAAGUGAUUGUAAAGAAAUCCUUGAUAAGAAUCCUGAGGCGGAAAGUGGACAAUAUGAGAUAGAACUAUGGGAAUCUGGGAAGAUUCUGACCGUGAAUUGUGACAUGGAAACCGAAGGCGGUGGUUGGACGCUAUUUCAUAGGCGAAUAGACGGGUCAGUGGACUUUUAUCGCAACUUUACUGAGUAUGAGAAUGGCUUUGGGAACGUUGACGGAGAGUUUUGGCUAGGUUUAAAGUAUAUACAAGAACUAGCUGAACAAGGUUCUACAGAGAUUCGUCUUGACAUGACAAGAAAUGAUAGUACAACAGGACAUGAAACUUGUCCAGGCUUUAUGUUAACAGAAGGAACAAAUUACAAACUAAACAUUGGGUCAUGCACAGAUUCUGGAAUGAAAAAUACAAUCUCUGGCUUUGCUUUUAAUAAUCAAAUGCCAUUUACAACUUACGACCGUGAUCUUGACAUGAUAGAUGAGAACUGCGCCGUGAACAGACAUGGAGCCUGGUGGUAUAAUCGAUGUACUGAUAUCAAUCUAAAUGGAUACUAUGCGACGCCAGGCACGUUAUGUGAAUUUCCCGGUGCCGACAUUGGUCGCUGUGGACACUAUCAUUAUGGGCUUGAUAAACGUUUGUCAUUGAGAACGUCAUCAAUGAUGAUAAGAAGAAAAUAAGAUAAGUAAUCAAAAGAAGAUUUCAUGAAUUCAGAGAAUUGAAUAAUCGUACUCAAAAGAACAUUUUUAGAAUCAACAGUUUUAUUUUUGUAUCAGACAUGGUUAAAUAAAAGUUUCUGAUUGAGGUAUGCUGUAGAUCAUUUACAUUUUCGGCAAUUUUCAGUCACCAGAUUGGUGACUAAGUAUCACAGAUAGCAUAUUAUCACGUGACAACAUAUUAUCACGUGACAGCAUAUUAUCACGUGACAACAUAUUAUCACGUGACAGCAUAUUAUCACGUUUCAACAUAUGAAUAUCACGUUUCAACAUUAAAUCACGUCGCCGAAUAUAACUAUGUUACAUCAUUAUAUAAUGUGACAUCAUAUAAUCAGUUGAAAUAUUAUCCUUAUCAGACAAUAUAAAAUCCUUUGUCAGCAAGUAAUCACGUUACAAAACGAAAUGAAAAAAAAAAUAAAACAUUUUUUUUUUAAUCCAACUGUUUGUGUUUGUUUAAAUGUAUUUUUUGUUCUGUUAGAUUUUUUAUAAUCAAAAUUAUUUUCAAUGAAAAGCUGGAGGCAUUCUCAUUUUUUAUAUUCAACAAAAUUUUCUUUGGUGUUUUCUACAAUAAAUGUGUUUUAUUAAUAAAAAACAAAAAAAAAAAUCAACCGAACAAAAAACAAUAAUAUAUAUAAACGUAUAUAUUAAACAUUGAACUCAAUCAAUUCUUAUAGUGUUAAUGUUCUCAUCACAAUAAACCGAUGAUGUUAAUUAUUACUAGCGCAUAAUAUAACUAAUGCGGCGAGUAUAUAAACUGCAUGUGUCACAAUUGCAUUCUCAAUAAUGUUCUUACAACGUGAUAUUUUGUUCCCUUAUAUAGGGGAUCAUCAGGCCCCGUGUUCGAUCAUGAUCAAGGUUCAAGAUCAGCAUCAAAUUUAAAACUCAAAUAUUCUCCAUUAUUUAUCUUCAGAGAUUCAAUAUUCAAUAUUAACUUGAUAAAACUGGACUUGAAAUAGCAUGUUCAUGAAAUUUAAAAUAAAUUUCUUUCUAUUUUUACAAGAUACGGUUAUUUUACAGAUGAUGCAUAUUAUGAUCUUGAUCCUAAAAGUGAUCCUCUUUUUGAUCCGAUCAUUUUUGUAUUUGUAUUAUUUGUUGAUUUUAUCCAACAAUAUGUUGGUUUCUUUGCAAAUAAGUAAAUACGUUCAAUUCUUAUAUGUACCAUUUAAUUCUUUAAUAUUAUGAUCAGUUUUAGUUUUAUAAGAAACUGAAAAUAAAAUCAGAAUCAUUUGAUCCUGACCCUGAUGUUUUCUUUGUGAACAAGGUGCCUGACCAAAAGGGCUAGGCCAAAAACAGUUAUACAUGCAUGUACAUUUAGUUUCUUAGCCUACGGUCCAUUAAAAUACUGUCGAAGCCUGAGGGAAACCAUAGGGAUAAGACGCUUGGAUCUGAUACUAUCCGUUACAGCUACCCCCUCACCUUCCCUCCAGUCCCUGUUACACCCCCCAAAAAAGAAAUAGAAAAUAAUUAUAAUAAUUAAAGUCAAUUUCUACAUUUACUAUUUAUAAGAACAAUAAAAUUAGAUAAUUUUCAUUAAAUCUCUAUAGUAUUAGUUAUUCAAAGGAAGUGGUAGGGGAUAAUAUCCAGUGUAUUUUUCUACGAUUUUAGGAUCAUGACCCAUACCCAUGGAACUGGGAACUUGAGCGAUGCUUUGUUAAAUAUUGGGAAAAAUGCAUGACUUCAGUAGUGAUUGAAUGAAUGCAAACAAUCACUGUCUAGGAUAAUAUCUUCAUACGUUUGAGCACCAUGAUAUUGAAGAGCCCCUUAUUAAAAAAAUUGGAAGAACUUCGAAUUAAAUAUCUUUAUUUUGUAACUUUUAAAUGGGAAUUGUGUCUUGUGGAUUAGAAAAAUAAUAUACUAUAGUCAAUUGGAAAUAUGGCAGAAUAUCGGCUAUAAAAAGGCAAAGAGAAAUCCCUUGACCUGAAAUUCUGAAAAAGUAAGGUCAUCCUUUCAGAUUUUAAACUAUGGUUAAAUUAGAAUUAGACAUUUGAUCAAAAGUAGUCCAAUCACUAAUACAAGCAGUUUUGAUAUUAUGUAUUAUCAUUCACCAGUCCAUUACACGUGUCUUUUUGCAUGUUUACACAUAUUUUUAUUGUAUUCUGUAUGGUUAUAUCGUUUAUAUUUUAUAUAUAUAUAUAUAUUCAUCGUUUAUGAUUGGUAUGUGAAAAUGGUAAAAACAAUUGUAUAUUGUAUUGUUCUACAUUAAUAGCCUAGAUCAAUACAUGUUUAUACCUACAUAUUGAAUGGUUGUUGUGUAAAAAUUGUAAAACAAUUGUACUAUUAGCUCGACUAUUCGAUAAGAAUAAAUUUAGCUAUUGUAGUCAACCGAGCAUUGACAUCGGCGUAACCACUUAUGUUAAAGUUUUUGUAAUACUUCAAAUUUUUUUCAAAGUCCAUUGAUAUAUGGCUUUGAAACUUUGCACACUUGCUCACCAUCAUACCCCAACCUGUAGACGGGAGGAGGUAACUGUAUCAAGCAUUUUGACAGAAUUAUUCUCCUUUUUUCAACUUAGAAUUUACAUUUAAGUUUGAGUACCACCUCAGAUAUGUUCAUAUUUCAUUGACAUCUUGCUUUGAAACACGUUGAAAUUUUAUACACUUCUUUGUAAGAAUAAUAGAACUCUCCCCAAUGCCUAUAAUAUGGAUUUGUAACAAAAUAGCCAUUUAGUGAACUUAGAAAAUGUUACAUUAUUAAGGCUCCAUUGCUAUAAAGCACUUAGAAUUGUCGAGCGUUGCUGUCCUACCGACAGCUCUUGUAUUUAUGUUUCUACAUCAAAUGUGCUGACAAAUAUAUACUUUUAUGUUGAAUAAUUGUAUUAUGUAUGGUUCUACAUCAAAUGUGCUGACAAAUAUAUGCUUUUAUGUUGAAUAAUUGUAUUAUGUAUGGUUCUACAUCAAAUGUGCUGACAAAUAUAAUCUUUCAUCGUUCAUCAUGUAUAAUUAUUGUGUAAACUGUAAAACAAUUGUCACUAUAUUUUAUGCUUCUAUGUUAAAUACCUAGACAAAUACAUACUUUCCUGUUGAAUAAUUGUUGUGUGAAAACUGUAAAACAAUUGUAUAUUAUAUGCUUUUGAAUUACAUGCAUUAAAAAUAUAAAUGUUUAUAAUAUAUGGUUAGUAGGUGAAAUUUGUAAAGCAAGUUCUAUAUCAAAUGUAUUGACAAAUAUAUACUUUUAUUGUUAUAGUGUACAAGUAUUGUGUGAAAACUGUAAAUCAAUUGUAUAUUGUAUGCUUCUUCAUUAAACAUCUAGAAAAAAAUAUACUGUUGGUCUCUGUAUAUGAUUGCUGUGUGGGGACUCAUAUCGAUUAUCUAUGACUUCUAC